UUGUAAAAGUGGGAGGAGUCAUACUCCGCACUUGCGAACUGAAAAAUUUAAGCUUUAAAAGUCGCUGCUUUCUUAUAUUGCAAAUUCUAUAGUAUUUGUUAUUUAUUUCAUUGCAGUUUUUACUUUUAAUUGAACUACAUUGUUUAGCAAAAAUAUUUAUGUUUUAAACUUAACACAAUUAAGCUUAUUUUAUUAUAUUAUGGCUGAAACCGAAGCACAUUUAAAUACUGAAAACAAAAAGUCUAGAUUAGUUUUUUCAAACAUAAAAAUAGACACAUCGUAUUUCAGUGAGUGGAUAGGUCGAAUUAAAUUAUUGCAACUUGUUUUAGUUACUUUAUCAGGAUGCUUAACACCUGCUGUUGUGGGGUUUUUUUUUACACGUUUCACCUUUUUUAUAUUUAUAACAUGGACAACGUUUAUGUAUGUUUGUUUGGACAUUAUAUUGCAUAUGCUGAUGUUCUGGCAAAAGUUGCCAAAAAAUUUUCCAAUGUCUCAAGUUCUUAUGAUACUUGAUUUAGUUGCUGCAAUUCUAUGGAUGAUAACAAGCAGCCUAAUUGCAUCUGUGUCAAAUUUUCUUCCAGGUAAUGGGCAUGUUUUAUCUGCAUUGUCAUGCACUUUUGGAUUUUUUACAAUGGUAACAUUUUUUGUUGAAGCAUAUCUCAGAUUGUAUGCUGAAAAAUAUAAAAAACGAGACUCAGCAAUAGCUGUUCCUCGUAAUUCGUUUUCCUCUGAUGAACGUGAAGCAGAUACGGGUUCUAUUAGCGGAAGACUUGAGUAAUAAAUAUUUUUUUUUAAAAAAAGGGACUUCUUUUAAAUUUUA